AUGCUCGUGCUCGCAGCAAGCGCGCGUAUUUUCAUUCUUGCCUUCUUCAUUAUCACUACCCUCGGCAAGCAACAGACCAGGAAGCCGCGCGUCAUCUGCGCUCUCAAGAAGGACAACAUUUGCGUCAACUGGGCCGUCUACGGAGUUGGAAAAAUGAGCCAAAGCGAGCUCACAGCCGUGGAGGAUGACUGCCAGCAGAAAUGCAAGGACAAGGGCCAGGCCUGUGAAGCCAAGGUGGUCAGUGUAGACACAUGGAACUAUCGUUGCGUGCCGUUCUGCAAGCGCGAGGAGUGCCGGGAGGCUUUCAGUGGAAAGGUGGAGUUGUGA